AUCCUGGCAGACGACAUGGGACUCGGUAAAACCAUCCAGGUGAUAUCGUUCCUUUCUGGAAUGUACGAUAACGAGCUGGCCAAAUACACUCUGCUGGUCAUGCCAACUUCCCUCAUCACAAACUGGACCAAGGAGUUUGCUAAAUGGACUCCAGGCAUGAGGGUGAAGGACUUUCAUGGUUCCAGCAAAGCAGAGCGGACCAGGAACCUGGAGAAAGUUCAGAGGAGAGGUGGCGUCAUCAUCACCACGUACACCAUGCUCAUGAACAACUGGCAGCAGCUGUCCUCAUACCGCGGCCAAGAGUUCACAUGGGACUACAUGAUCCUGGAUGAGGCACACAAAAUAAAAACAUCCACCACCAAAACAGCCAAAAGUGCCUCUGCCAUUCCGUCAAAGAACCGGGUUCUUCUCACAGGAACUCCUGUUCAGAAUAACUUGAGGGAGCUGUGGGCGCUGUUUGACUUUGCUUGUCAUGGAACUCUCCUCGGAACAUCUAAGACAUUCAAAACAGAAUAUGAAAACCCCAUCACCCGUGCCAGAGAGAAGGACGCCACUCCAGGAGAAAUGGCUCUUGGCUCCCGGAUGUCAGAGAAUCUCAUGACUAUAAUACAACCCUACUUCCUCCGCAGGACAAAAUCAGAGGUGCAGAAAAACAAAAUGAAAAAUACACAUCCUAAAGAGGAAGAGUCCGACAACAAGGAUCAGAGCCAAGUCUCAAUUCCUCCAAAAGACUGCGGAGCCGUCAUGCCCUCGCUGACGAGGAAGAACGACCUGAUCGUCUGGACGUACCUGAGCCCCGUGCAGGAGGACAUCUACCAGCAGUUCAUUUCACUGGACACCAUCAAGGAGCUGCUCUUAACCACCAGGUCGCCUCUCGCUGAAUUAACCAUUUUGAAAAAGUUGUGCGACCACCCGAGACUUCUCUCUGCUGGAGCCAUCGCCAAACUGGGCUUGGAGGACAGCGCGGCUGAGAACCAUCAGAGCGAGGACAGGGACACGGUGGAUCACGGCAUCGCUAAUGUUCCUGACGACACGUUAGUGUCCGAGUCGGGGAAAAUGGUUUUUCUGUUUGUGCUUCUUGAACAGCUCAGACAAGAAGGACACCGCACGCUGGUCUUUGCUCAUUACAGGAAGGUGCUGGACAUCAUGGAACGCAUCCUGGGAAACCGAGGCUUCAAGGUGCUGAGACUGGACGGCACCAUCACACAGUUAGCAGAGAGAGAGAGACGCAUCAGUCUGUUUCAAACCGACGAAAGCUACUCCGUCUUCCUCCUCACCACCAUGGUGGGUGGAGUGGGCAUCACCCUGACAGGAGCAGACAGAGUGGUGAUCUUUGACCCCAGCUGGAACCCGGCGACAGACGCCCAGGCCGUGGACAGAGCGUACCGCAUCGGCCAGACCAAGAACAUCGUGGUCUACAGGCUGAUCACCUGCGGCACGGUGGAGGAGAAGAUCUACAGGCGGCAGGUCUUCAAAGACUCCCUCAUCAGACAGAACACCGGAGACAAGAAGAACCCGUUUCGAUACUUCAGCAAACAGGAGCUGAAGGAGCUCUUCAGCCUGGAAGACGCCCGGUCCUCCUCCACCCAGCUGCAGCUUCAGGCGCUGCACUCCAGACACCGGAGGACCGACCCCGGACUGGACCAGCACAUCGCCCGCCUGCACGCCAUGGAGAUAUUUGGGAUCUCUGACCACGACCUCAUGUUUUCCCUUGAACUCCAACAUGAUGAGGCGCUGGAGGAUCAGCAAGAGCACCACUACAUCGAAGGGCGGGUCCAGAAGGCGCAGGAGCUGAUGAAGGCGGAGUCAGAGCUGCAGAUGCAGCUGGCGGAGAGCAUGGCGUCGAGCACCGAACCAGCCUGGCUCCGCCCCCCGGGGGACAGCAGCAGCAGAGAGCGCUCCAAUGAGAAAAUGCCAAGAAAUCCACGACCCAUUCCUUCAUAUCCGCUGCAUGACACCAGUGUAAACAGCUCGCUGGUCGUGGUGGAGUCCGACCAAUCAGGCUCUAGUAAGGAGGAUGGGGAAAGGAUUGUGAGUCACCCAGUUAUCGAUCUAACUUCAGAGGAAAGUCUGACAGAAGAAGAAUCUGCUGCAGACGUACAUGACGAGCAGAACCUGGACCCCCCCGCACAGCCGCCUGUCACACAGGACCCGGCAGGAGAGGCCACGCCCCCUCAGGACGGGACUGACGGGUCCCUGCUGGUGUUGGAGUCUGAUGAUGCUGCAGGUGAUGUAGCAGAUGCUUCAGUGCAAGAACCAAUGGACCAAUCAGAGCGCAGCCCCGGGUACGUUACAGCAGUGGAUGAAGAUCAGCAGCUCGAUGGAAGUUCACAUCCAGAAAACGUCUCCUCGAUGGAGUCAAGUCACCGUCGCAUCUCGUCUCUCCAGAGCAGAAGACUGUCUGAGCUGCAGGCGUCAAACUCCAGCUUCAGAGGAGACUCGUCCAGAGUCAGCUCCGGACUCGAAUCGUUCCAAGGAAACUUCAAUUUACAGCUGGAGGACAGCGACAUGUUCUCAGAGGAUGAGCUUCAGGAUCCUCAGGAUGAUCAGGAGACGGAGGAGGAGGCGAAGAAGCUUCUGUCGCAGCUGCAGAUCGACGGCAGCUUCGAUGUCAAUAGAUCUCUGAGUGAGAGGGAACAGCACGAAGCUCUGAGACCAAACCUCAGCAACGGCCACGAAACCCAAGAGUCCAUGAACGGUUCUGUUGGAGCUAGAAGGAAGAAAAGAGCAGCAGUGCUAUCUGACACUGAGGAAGAAGAAGAAGAAGAAGAUGAUGAAGCAGAAGAGGAUGAAAGACCACUUGAAAACGCCUUCCAGGUUCUGGGAGCCUCCACUCCUAAAUCCGCGCCCGCUGACUUCCCCCCCCUCAGCUCCAGAAGGAGCAUGGGAGGAAACACCUCUGUGGCGUCCCGCCGCUCGCUGCUCCGCUCCAUCAUCCAAGACGUGGACCACCAGGACCUGACGGAUGAGAAGGAGGAGUCUGAUGAUGUCAGUUCAGAGAGGAACUCUGAUGAGGCAGAAGAGGACGACGUCAUUGGUUCGUCUCAUGAGCUUCAGCCUGAGGAGACAACUGGAGAAACCCUGAGCACCGAGGAGGAAGAGGAGGAGUCUGAGUCCGCUGACGUCAUCAGUAAAUCCGAAGGGGAAAUGAGCAGCGACCCCGAGGAGUCAGCCAGCGAACCCGAGCUUGCGUCCAGUGAGAGAAUGGACCAGUGCACGCUCGACGCCGGUGUCACGCCGAGCGGGACGAAGGAGGUCACGGCGUCGGAGAGCUACGACUCGCUGGUCACCCGAGGGCGGGAGUGCUACGGCCGGGGGGAGCUGGAAAACGCCCUGGGCUUCUUCCUGAGGGCGAUCGACAUCAGAGAGGGAGAUCCUGAGGUCCAGCUCAUGACCAUCAGGUUGUAUCAGAAGCUUCAGAAACGUUAGAGAAGAGACUUUAGAUCCUGACGUCUGUGGCUGU